UCUUUGCGUUAACCAUAUCUACAUGACAUGUUGAUGUUAACAUGUUGCGUGUAUAAUGCCAAGUUGUGAUUGGUCGAGAGAGCGAUCAAUCACAAAAAUGCCGGUACCGAGGGGCGGGGCUAGAGUCGGUUUGCCGCUGUAGUUUCUUCAAGAUGGCGGCGCUGCGACUGGAGCAGUAUGGCGGAGCGUCGAGAAUAAAAUGAGUAGGGAAGAUAGUUAAGUGCUCGAAAGAAGAUAGCCGCGCUUAAUCAAUUUCUCCCAGAAGAAACAAGUGGAGGAUGAUCAGUGCCUAGAAUCCAUAUUAAGCUGAAUGCAUUGUGAUUUCCAAUAAUUGAGACAGUGAUUCUGAAAGCUGUCUACAUUAAUGAAAAGAACAAUGUAGUCAGCUUAGCAUUUUCACCUCUGGUACGUGGUCUAUACAGGGAUGUGCUUCUGCAGGCAUUCUGGGUUUAGAUAAAAGAGAAGGUGUCUUGACAGAUCAGGUUUUUAGAUUAGAAUAAAUUACCAGUUCGUUUGUAAAUUGUAGUAAUCAAACCGAUUGAAUGGAGAUAGAUGAUGUUAUACCCCCUCUCCCCUUGGAGCCACCAGAUGAUUUUGGCCAACAUGAGGGCAGAGCACCUCCACCACCUCCCCUGCAAACGUCCAGUGACGCAGAGGUAAUGGACGUUAGCUCUGGUGGUGAUGGAUACACAGACACCCCAGUGGACGGGGAAGCCCAGCCACAACAGCCCCUCGGCAUGGGCUCAAUAACUUUUUGUAGCCACCUCUCAAAUGAGGCCAGUCCCAAUCCACGGUGCCCAAGAACAGCUCGCCACGCUCCACCCGUCACCAAGUUUCUACCAGACCUCAAGCUGCUCAGAGAUGUUAAGAUCAGGGUAAGCUUCACUGAAGCCAGCAGCAGCAGCAGUAGCAAGGACAGGAAGGUUUUGUACACAGGCGAGGGGCAGGAGGGAGGAAGUGAUGACGGCUUAGACAGCCUGAAUGGUGAGUUGCAUGACUCGACUAGUGAGCAGGAGGCAGCUGAGGGUAGCUCUGGAGCAGGUAAAAGGUCAGAGGAGGCUGAGGGAGACCUGGAAAACAAGGUAGAGUUUGCUGUCCUGGAUGAGUUGGAGGACUUUUAUGAGAACUUUGUGGAUCACGACAAUGGCGAGCAUGGCGGCUUUAAGUCUGAGGACAUAAUUCAGCAGGAGCAAGCAGAUGACGAGGUCGUGACUUAUUCGUAUGAGGAGGAGUUUGACAAUGAUGUUGAUGCUCUGCUGGAGGAGGGCAUGCCAGUCCCCAAAAAAAUGCGUCCAUCAGAAGACAAAUUUGGGGGCGACAGUGAUCAUCAGUCUGAUGGUGAAGGAGGUGUUCAGCCCAUGAUGACCAAAAUAAAGACUGUCCUGAAGAGUCGGGGACGCCCACCCACUGAGCCUCUACCUGAUGGAUGGAUCAUGACAUUCCAUAACUCUGGCAUUCCAGUCUACCUACACAGAGAGACCAGGGUCGUCACCUGGUCCAGACCCUACUUUCUUGGAACAGGCAGUAUUAGGAAACACGACCCCCCCACCAGCAGCAUCCCUUGCCUUCACUACAAGAAGAUGAAGGAUCAGGAGGAAAGGGAACUAAAUGGGGAGGCGACACUUGCAGAGGUGUCUCCUGUCAAACAGCCCAGUGAGGAGGCUAACAAUGGAGAGGGAGAGGGAGAAGGAGAAGGAGAAAGCAAGAUGGAGGCUUCAGGUGGGGAGCAGGACGCCACCAACCCCUCAAGUGUGACUGAUGGUGACCCAGAAGGAGAGGGAACCACUGUUAACAUCAUCAAGCCUAAAGGGCCUGUGUCCUUUGACACUGCACAAGGAGCCUUAGGUCAAGUCAAGGCCAAGGUGGAGGUGUGCAAGGACGAGUCUAUAGAGCUUGAAGACUUCCGUCUGUACUUGGAGAAAUGCUUUGACUUUGAACAAGUUACUGUAAAGAAGUUCCGUACCUGGGCCGAGCGAAGGCAGUUUAACAGAGACAUGAAGAGGAAGCAGGCAGAGUCAGAGAGACCCAUCCUUCCUGCCAACCAGAAACUCAUCACACUGUCAGUCCAGGAUGCUCCCACUAAGAAAGAAUUUGUCAUCAACCCAAAUGGAAAGUCUGAAGUCUGCAUCUUGCAUGAAUAUAUGCAGCGUGUCCUGAAGGUUCGACCUGUUUACAACUUUUUUGAAUGUGAGAACCCAAGUGAACCCUUUGGAGCGUCGGUCAUUAUAGAUGGAGUGACAUAUGGCACAGGAACAGCAAGCAGUAAAAAACUUGCUAAGAAUAAAGCUGCUCGAGCCACACUGGAAAUCCUCAUCCCUGACUUUGUGAAGCAGACGUCGGAGGAGAAGCCUGUUGAAGGAGAUGAACUAGAGUAUUUUAAUCAUAUCAGUAUAGAAGACUCAAGAGUGUAUGAGCUGACCAACAAAGCAGGACUACUUUCGCCAUAUCAGAUUCUUCACGAGUGCCUUAAAAGAAACCAUGGGAUGGGAGAUACCAGCAUUAAAUUUGAGGUGAUCCCUGGGAAAAACCAGAAGAGUGAAUAUGUGAUGACGUGUGGGAAACACACUGUGCGCGGCUGGUGCAAGAACAAGAGAGUUGGCAAACAACUGGCAUCCCAGAAGAUCUUGCAGAUGCUUCAUCCCCACGUGAAGAACUGGGGCUCACUGCUGCGCAUGUACGGCAGAGAGAGCAAUAAGAUGGUCAAGAAGGAGAGCUCUGACAAGAGUGUGAUCGAGCUGCAGCAGUAUGCCAAAAAGAACAAGCCAAACCUUCAUAUCUUGAACAAACUACAAGAAGAAAUGAAGAAACUUGCUGCACAGAGGGAGGAAACCAGGAAGAAACCCAAGAUGACCAUAAUGGAGUCUGCCCAGCCGGGGAGUGAACCCCUCUGCACUGUCGACGUCUAAGUCUCUAAAUCACUGAUGAACCACGGCACUGAAACCCAGUCACUGUCCGACAUCACACACCUCCACCACCAAUCACUCAAUUAUGCAUCACUGAGAUCAAAUGGCAAUAUAGUUACACAUUGACCAGACCAGUAGAGCAGCUUCUCUUACCGUGUUGUAAAAGGUUUCCACUGGUAGAUGAAUAGAUUGGACUAACAGACAGUAGAGCAAAUAUCGUCUACCUCUCUAGAUGCGUCCUCACUAUGGCACAAGAAAAGCAAACCUCCAGGCUGCAGAGGAGUCGAUAACAUGAACCACAUCAAAAGAAAUAAUGCAUGCUUUUUGUCCGCUACAGAAACACUGCACAACCUGGUUUUGUUUGAAGUGUCAUUUUAAACAGUCACAAUCUUUAGCCUACCAGCACCUAUUAGUUAUUUUCUGUGUGCUCAAAGUAUUUGAAAGGGACUACUACGACUUGUGUAUUUAUACCAUUUGUUAAAUCGGAAAACAACGUUACUUGUUUAUUGGAUAUUUUUAUGGUUGGUGUUAUGGAUGUUAUGGUUGAUGAAUACAAAAUAUGCCUUUUUGUUUCCUUUUGGAACAGACAGUCGUUGUCCCGGUUUGCACGAUUAAAAACAGGCGUUGUGAAGUGAUCACUAUUCAGAACUGUUGUUAUGCACUCGUGUCCCGUCACAUCUUUCUGUUGACUGAUCAUGCUCGUAGUACAGGAUCAAGAUAUUGAGAUAUUUAGGGAGAGUUUUGUAUUUGGAGGGAAUUUUGCCUUUUUCUUUGUUUAGCUUUGGGAAUACCAGAAACAGACAUCCCCUUCCUUCUCAUUCGACACUGCAGUAAACCUGAGCACAGAGCGCUCCUGUGUGUUCAGGGUAAAAAGAACAUUUCUUUAAGCGCUUAGUUCUUGCUAGCUUUGAUAACUUACUAAUAUCACUCACACAGACUAAUAACAUUUCAGUAGCGUUUGUUUUUGGUGCCCUGAAGAAUUCUCAUUGGCUACAUGUUGCCUUAGAUAGUUAACGUCAUGAAGGGCUCGGAGUAUAAGCAGUGUAUUGGACCUAAAACACACUUCAAAAAGAAGUAGAAAGACCAAGCCCCUUCUACUUGGUUCAGCAUUUAUCCUUAGCCAGUUAGUGUUUUAAUGAAGACUGCUUGUAAAAUAUAUUUAGUGGGGCGUGGCCUACAGCAUGUGCAGAUUUGUACGAGCUGUCAUAGUUGAUUGUGUAUUCUGUCUGCGUUUGCCAUCUUCAUGACAGUUUGUCAUAUUUUAAUAACAAGUACAACCCAUUUUUCUAAGGCAGCCUUGCAAAGUGUAGUUGGUUGACGGACAUGAUCAAACUACAGUAGUCAUUUAGUUUAACACAAGCUGAUGAAACUGUAUACCAAAGCUUACAUACAGUCUUAUGCAUUUUAUAGAAUAAUGUUGCUGCAAACAGUACGGUAGAAACAGCUAGAAACAGGAAAAUGCAUAGACGUGUUAGUUGCUGGAACAAAUAGACAAUGCUGUGCAAUCUUCUUGGGAGUAUUGGCCUGUGGUUUUUCUACUGAACAUACAAGGACACAUCACAGUUUAAACACAAGGCUGUUGUGAUAUAGUAGAUCGCUUUAAGAAUGUGCUUUCCCCUCUGUGCGUUUGACGUCUUGCCUACUGUGUGUCAGUGUGAGAAGAGAAAAAAAAAACUGCUUUUACAUGUGUUGCUGUCGAGUUGUACCAAUGAACUGUUUGAGAUGUUGCUGCCUAGAAAAUGAAGUAUGUAUUGCAACCUGAGCUCAUGACUUCAGUGAUGUUUGUUAUGCAAAAUAAAAUGUCUUGACUAAUGA